AAAUUUUAUAUUUAUGUUGGUGUGUCCAACGUGUAUAAAAAAACAAGUACUGUUGCAACAAAACACCGCUAAUUUUUAAUUUCGACAUACAUAUGUAUACGGCGAAUUAUUAAAUACAGAGUUAUAAAUACGUUAUCUCUAAAAUCAUCAUUCGAAAUGGCGCAGAUUGCAACAAGUAUGGCUAAUGCCUUUAGUAAUGAAUCGGAGAUGAAAGCCAUGGAUGCUAACCGGUAUGCGACUAAGAAAACAAUUGCUCAAGGUAUGCUGGAUAUCGCCCUUCUCACCGCCAAUGCCUCACAAUUGAAAUAUAUACUUCAAGUUGGGGACCAACAUCAGUUUUAUAAACUAAUGCUGAUAAUGAUAAGCCUUUCAAUAAUAUUACAGCUCUUGGUUGGAAUACUUUUUGUUGUUAUUGGUAGUCUAAAUAUCAAUCGCCAAAAGGAUCAAGCGGCCGCUGUGAUCAUAAAUGAUAUUAUUCUCGUUAUUAUAUUUGUCAUUUCUGUAAUAAAUAUUAUAAUAUCAGGAUUUGGCAUCGAAUACUCUUCCCAACCUCUCACACUCUUAGAACAGCAGGCUAAUAAUUUACCAUAAAAUCCAYCAGCAUAUUCAAUAGAGACCUGCCCGUGUAAUUGCUGGGAGUUUACUGGUUGUUUUGUCAGUUA